AGCUAUGUAGAACCGGACCGGUGACGGAGCAACCCAUACUGACAUUUCUGUUCAUCUUAAUAAUGAUUUGUUGGCGAUUGUUGUGUGUUUUAUUAGUGUUGUCCUCUAUCCAUGCAGAUCCAGAUACAGUUGAGUCGAAAGUGGAUCCCAUAAUCACUUGCUAUGUAAGUACUUGGGCAACGUACCGACCUGUCGGGGGCAAAUUUGAUUUUAGCAAUGUACUCCCUAGUCUGUGUUCACAUCUGGUAUAUGCAUUUGUUGGAAUAAAUCCAGAAGAUUCCAGCAUAAAAGUGCUUGAUCCAUGGAAUGACCUAGAAGACAAUGGCGGCAAAGGUGCCUUUCAGAAAUACAUUCAGCUUCGAAAUGUUAACAAGAAACUAAAGGUAUCUUUAGCCGUUGGUGGUUGGAACGAAGGGUCUGCCAAUUAUUCAGUUAUGGCAGCUAGUCCUGUUCGGCGAAAAACUUUCAUCUCAUCUGUAGUGAAAAUGCUCAAGGAACACGGAUUUGAUGGUUUGGAUCUUGAUUGGGAAUACCCUACGAAGCGAGGAGGAAACGCUGCAGAUCGGGAAAAUUUUGUGUUACUUGUCAAGGAAUUAAGACAAGCAUUUGAUCACGAAUCACAUUCCUCAGGACGUCGGUGGUUAUUAACUUCCGCUAUUGGUGCAUCUCCUGAUGUUAUUCGUUCAGCGUACGAUCUUCGUUCCCUUAGUCAGCAUCUGGACUAUUUGCACAUUAUGAGUUAUGACUACCAUGGAGCUUGGGAACCUGUUGCUGGAGUUAACGCUCCUCUUAGGGGCCAAAGUGAUGAAGAUGAGCUGAGUGUGGAAAAGACAUUGGAGCUCUUACUGUCUUCUGGAGCUAAAAAGGAGAAACUUCUAUUGGGUUUACCUUUCUACGGGCAUACGUUCAUUGCCAGCAAUGUUAAUGAAAAGCCAAAACUUGGAUCUAUGACCCUCAAGGAAGGGUUUUCUGGCCCUUUUACUAAAGAAAAAGGAUUUAUGGGAUACAAUGAAAUAUGUGCUGAAUUAGAACGCAACGCAUCUUAUUGGAGUAUUACUUGGGAUGAGCGGUCAUCAACACAUUAUGCUGUUCGCGAUACACACCUAAUUAGUUAUGAUGAUCCUAAAAGCAUUGAGAGAAAGGUUCGUUUUGGAAUGAAGAAAAACAUCGCUGGAAUGAUGGUUUGGUCAUUGGAUACUGAUGACUUUUUAGGCGACUGUGAGAAGACAACUGGCUAUAGUAAAUUUCCUCUGUUGCGUACCAUAAAUAAAGCCCUCACUGCAGCAUUACAGGAACGUGAAAACGAAUUAGCAAAAAAUAAGAAAGAUCAUGUCAAAAAAAAUAAUUCAUCUAGAAUAAAAUUGAAUUUGAAGAUUAUGUUUCCACUAUUUUUUUACUUGAAAUCUGUUCAUGAAUUAAUUCAUUAUCCAGAGAGUGUG